AUGAAGAUCAUUGUCUUGGCCUUGUGUUGUGCUCUUACUGCAGCCAUUACCCAGCGCAGGUUAACGGCCACGGAACAGCAGCAGGUAAUCGAUAAGUUGAACGAGGUUCGAAGAAGGGUGUCCAACGGGGAAACCGUUGGCAAGAAUGGGACCAAACUGCCACCUGCAACUGAUAUUCAACAACUUGUAAGUGCCAUUGAUUGUGUGUAUAACGGUCAUAUAUAGAACCACAAUUCUACAUUCGAAGAUCAAGCUUACACCUGGGUAACGGGUUGUAAUUAUGAUUUGCAACCCAACUCAAACCAAUUGAUCAGCGCGUUCGGCUCACUGACAUCUGAUUACGUUGGCACUCUCAAGCAAGCCAUUGAGCAAUGGUAUAACGCCAGUCAGAGAUAUGCCGGAGAUGUCAGAAACUUCCAAGCCUCCGAUGCCUCUGACUUUUCAACUGUAGGUGAAGGUAACUUGAUCAUGAGUCUUUUAGCUCGCCUGGAACUAUCUUAACCUCACGGGAUGUGCUGUGGGUUUAUGCUCGCAACUGAAAAACGGCAACAAUUACUUUAAUAACUUUACCUUUGUCGCCUGUAAUUUCAACUCCGGUUCAAACUGGAUCGGAAAACCAAUCUACAACCCUGGAACGCCUUGCGACCCCUGUCCAUAUGGCUACCGUUGCAACAACUCUCUUUGCUACUUCGACUCGCAACUCCCACCUAGAACUCCUGGAUGGCUGACAAUUGGAGAAAGACAAACUGUUUUGGACACUCUGAACGGCCAUAGAAGAGAUCUGGCAAAGGGAAACGUGACUGGUGCAAAUGGAAAGACAUUCCCGACGGGAAGCAACAUUUUAGAAGUCGAAUACGACAUCGGGCUUCAAAGCAUCGCCGUCAACAACUUCACAAAGUGCACCAGUGGCUUCGCUGAUUUGGCCAACUACAAUGUGCUCAGCAUCAUGUUGAGGGGCGUUGAGACACCAGAUGGCGUAAGUCUAGCGCUAAUCAUUUACUUAGAAACCUUGAUGACGCAGUAAUUGCUCCCUUUUCAGCAAGAAUACAAUUUCGCAUUAAAAACCGCGAUCAACAGUUGGUGGUAUCCCGCAGGUUAUAACAACUCCAUCAGCAACUACCAAGGGUCCAGCAGCAACUUUGCCAAACUUGGUUGGGCCAAGGCUUCAAGAAUCGGAUGCAAUCGCGAGAUCUGUUUAUUCCAACAACAAAACGUCACAGUAAGCAAGAUUGUGUGUGUAUUGGGAGAGGAGAAGGGCGCCGUUAUUGGCCAACCUAUAUACUCCAGUGGAUCCACCUGCUCCGCCUGUCCAAGUGGCUACAGCUGUAGCAACUCUCUCUGUGUGAAAUCCGUCAGUCAGUGCAGCAUCAGCGGCUAA